CGUGGAAGUCUGUCUCGAGGAUCACCCCGCGGACCGCCUUACCUGGGGGAGGAGGAGGCCAAGUCAUGCUGCGGGCUGAUGGUGACGCAGGCGGUGAGCAUCCGUUGGUUCAUCAUCAUGAUCGCCUUCGUGGGUCUCUGCUGCACCGUCGUGGGCACUGUGCUGGGCGCCGUCAAGACCUACAACUCCGAGUACGUCACCAUCACCCUCCUCAUGAUCGGUGUAGGCAUCGUGCUGAUCACAGUGUCUGGAGUGGCGUGGCACCUAACCUCCAGGGACGCACCAUGUCGAGUCAUGCUGGGUCUGGCCCCCCAUGACCCAGCCCGUGGGGAGCCUCGACGCUUUAUGGCUCGUAUGGCACCAGCCUUCGGUCGACCACAUCAUCCCUAUGCUGCAAUGAUGUACCCAGAGUUCCAGUACCGUCCUCCACCUCCUAGUUACCAGGCCUCCAUGCAGGAAUACCGGCUGCGUCUUCUGCUCUUGGAUCGCCAUCAUGCACACACUGCAAAUCCACAAGCACCUUCUCCACCGCCUACCUACCGCUCGGGUGCCCAUAACCUUAGAGGACUGGCCGUAAACACCUUGGGACGAGAGAGCAACUACAGCCACCCACCAAGUUAUCGAUCAAGGGAAGGUUCCAUCUCCCACAAUCCUGAUGCCAUUCCAUCAUCCCAUCCAGGAGGAUCUAUAGCUCCUGCACAUUCCAGGGAUCCCUCGUGCUUAUCCUUCCUCUCACAUGAAUCAAUAUACUCGACUGGAGCUCCACCUUCACAAGAUGGUUCUCUUCGAGCAGCACAAUUGGUGGAUAGAGAUAAAGUUGCUGUUAUGGAGGACUCGGCCUUACCACCAGCCAAGAAGGAUAGCCGUAAGGAUGACAACACUGUUACCAUUGUACAGACAACAGAUUCAUCACAAGUCAUUGGCUCUGAUGCUGUAGUUGUUACAGUAUCAGGUUCACAUUCAAAUUAUGUUACAGCUCCAUCACAACCCACCUCCAAUGAUGCUGAAAUAUCCGUCCUAGCCCACCUUUGACCUCAGUUACUGCCUGAUGAAUCCAAACUUUGAAACUAAUAUAUUUACAGCAUAUUACAAAACUAGCUGAUGUUUUCAAUGAGACAAAAAAAUAAAAUAUAUAUGUAUUUUCUUAUAAAUAAGAUUCCUAUUUGUAUUUCAUUAAGUAUGAAGGCUUGUUAGUGGUAGCCAUAUUUUUUUUUAAACUUUACCCUAUCAAGCAAUUUUGAAGGUAGAUUAUGGAGUUGUAUAGACUGAUGUUGAUCUGAAUGUAUGAGUAAAAAAUACAUAAAAAAAAUACAAAUAUGUAUUCAUUACCAUCACAAGGGUUGAUCUACAUGGACAGUUGACCACAGGUGGCAGAACACUAUACAUGUGGGCAACUGUACAGUAGUCGCCCAUUAUAUCAUAACAAUUUGAUUCUUUUGGAGAGUGCUGUUGCCAUAGUCAGAGGUUGUUGAUUCUAUUGUAUAUAAAUAUUGUGUAGUCUUUGUUUAUUUGCACAAACCAGCCAACCUCACAUGUACUUGAGGUGACUCGAGUGGUAUAUUUAGUCAUAUCUAACUUAUGACAUAUUUAAAAUGCAUGUAUGAGUUGUAAAUAAUCACUAUUGGCAUUUAUAUAUACAUAUAUCACAAACAUACUUUAUAAUCCAUGAUUGUAAAAGUAACCAAAAAAUAGUCAUUAUAGAUUAGAUUAUAUUGCCAGUGUUCUUCCUGUGGUAUAGGAGUGACAAGUGGGGACCAAAAUUCUGCACAGUUAAUUCAUCAUGGUUGACUUCCAUACAUGUGAAUGACAUUACUUUGCAAAUAAAGAAAUCUAGACAAACUAAUGGACAUAGUGUGGACCCUACUUGUCACUGCUACUGUGACGCUCUUGUGUCUUGUUGGGUGCUGUAGCAGAAUCACCUUAUCUCAACACAAUAUGUGAUGUGUUUGAGCUGAGUUUCAGUAUUGCAUAUUUUCUUUUUCCUACAACUCCAAAACUUGAGCUUGUCUCAAAACCUGUGAUGUAUUUACUUUUAAGUUCAUCACAUGUUGAUAAAUCUGCAUAACAUGAAUAUAUAGUUAAAUUUAAGGAUAUUAUUUGAACUGUUAUUCAGUAGCCUUUUAUUUUUGUGCAUAUUAUGAGUUGGCCUGAUACUACUGUACUGUCAAAUCAAUGGAACUGUUUCCCCAGUUUUCGCUAAAAAAAAAUAUGUAUGUAGGUCAUGGUGAAAAAUUAUGGAUUUCCAAAAAAUUGAUAAAACGCAAACUCUUACCGAUUAGACACAAGCUCGAAUCCUGUGGCCAAGUAGGGUUGGUAGGGCAAUAUUUGCUAGGGUAUUGCUCCACUUUUCACAACGAUGCAGAGUUAAGCUAACCCUUCUGGAAAUAGCAUAAUGAAUGUUAGCUUUUCACAAAUGUACUCUUGGGGCAGCAACAUUUUGACUCUUCCCAUAAUAUUUCAGUCGCUGAUAACCUUUACACAAAGAGUUUAGAGCAGAGAAAACACUUCAAUCAUUUGAAAAAUCCUACAUGUUAGUCAGGCUUCCACACAAGAGAAGUAAUUGCUACAUUAUUACAAUGCAAAAAAUAAUUAUGUAGAAAAGGCCAGGAUUACCGAAGCAAGUACAGUAGUACUGUACAGUGAUAUCCCCAUUAGCUGGAAUAAUUGGUGCAAAGCUCUUCUGGAAAUGAGAUAUUUCCGGGUAUUGAAAUGAAUUUCUCAUCCCCGAAAUUUUUCCGGAUACUGUACUGGGUUAAGUAUUCAGAGUCUAAACUACGCACAUCGCACGGAGAGAUACAGAGCUAUAUUUAUUUAAGCAAAAUAUACUGUCGUACUAUGAUACCUUUUUUAACGGAGCUUCGACCAACUAGUUUUCGUUUUGAUGGAAAUUAAAAUAAUAUUAAUUUAAUAAUUACUGUAUUAAAGUAGUUAUAGUUUCAUUCAAAAAAAAAAUAUAGUGAGAGAAUCACCGAUAAAGUCUGCCGCCACCUUUGUUGUUUACGGCCUCAAAGCCAGGCAUGGAAAGCUGGCAGCCUGUGGGCCGCAUGCUGCCCAGAUCAUGUGUUUGUGUGGCCUGUAGAGUGAUUGAGAAAUUCUAUUUAACGUGGCCUGCGGGUCAGAUAAAUGCAGCCAGUUUAUGGUGAGUAAAGCAAUAUUUAUUAAAAAAAAUAAUCUUUACACACAAUUUGUUGCCGUUUCAUCACCUAAGAAUAAGUAACUACAAAAAUGUAACAGUGAAAUAAUAUAUAUAGUCAACAAUAUAAAUAAACCUUUUAACUUGUGAGAGUUUAUGGACCAGGUUUGGCAUGGUCUGUUUGAUGGAUUAGCUGCCAUGAGGCAGUGAGUCACUUGGGAAUUAACUCAGGUUGGGUAAGUCCAAGUGAGGUCACGGGCAGUGGUCACACAGUGUUCAACACAACAAUACCAAAAUUGCACCUCGGAAACCCAUGGUUAGCAAGUAAUUAGCAUUGAAAUAAUGUAAUUAAAAUUUUUCAAGCGUCAUUAUUACCGGUAAUUACCCCACAAACGAAUCGGGGACCAUAGAUUUGGAAUCAGCAUGCUCAGGAUUACUUAUACUAAGAUUUUAAAUGAAGUCUAAUUUUGGGUCGAAACCGCCAAUACAGUAUACAAAUAUGUAAAGAGAGAGAAGUGCCUGCAGGUUUUCAUUGUAAUUCCUCAUAUGCCAAGAUUAACAUUGGAAUUAUUCUGGUGGGUGUGUAUCGUAAGUAAGAGAAAUUCUGUAUCUGUAGGAAAAAUAAACGUGUUCACAAAAUGCGUCGCUCACCUUCUGUUAAAUGCCAAGAAACAUUAACAUAUUACUUUUAAAUUAUGAUGGAUUUGUUUCAUAAAUGGGAAAAAGGCGGACUGUAAACUGAAAAUAUCAUAAGGUGGACGUGACGAUAAACUGCUUCACUGUCCGUGCUAAUACUACAAUAUUAACAUUACUUUUUGGUUAGGUAGGAUAUAAAUUUUGGUGGGUUGGCCUGCAGAAAAAUACCUAAAUCGUAAUGCAGCCCAUUGCUGAGGAAAGGUUGCCCAUGCCUGCUCUAAGCCAAUCAGAUAUCAUCUCAAAAUGUACACAGUAGCCCACCAAGAUUCGUGUCCAUGAAGGAAGGAUUGUACAGUACAGGCACUGUCUACUACACAUACACCUCUACACUAGUGUACAGUCAGCAUACACUGUCUACCUGGUUGUGCACAAUACUUUCACGCUUGCUGAAUGUACAGUAUAGUUACUUUUUGUGUAUCAACUUGUAUUUUUAGCCGAUUGUGUCCUGGUACAGUAAUGUACAGCACUACACAAUAUAAAUUGUACGUAAAAACAGCAGUGAGCAAAGGGAACAACCUUGUAUAAUGGCAACAGAAUACGAACUAAGCGCAUGAGCUACCAAAGCAGUUAGCCUACCUACAUGCCCAGUAUGUUGAGAUGCGUUGGAACAUGAUGCAAUAUCUCUGAACUUUUUUAAAAUUUGUCCUCAUUCCCAGAACAGAACGAAGAGAUUUCCUCUCAAUUUUUCUGGAAAAUGUGAAUGAUUUCAUCCUCUGAAACUUGUUCCCAUGCUCGGAAUGGAGAGCUUUCCAAGAAUGCUCAAAAUUCAUUUCGGCUAUUAUAGAAUUUCGGGGACCAAAGGUUCCGACUAACGGGGAUAUUACUGUACAAACAUGUAGGAAAAAUAAAUAUAAGAAAUUAUUAAAGUAUGGACAACAGCAAAAUUUAAGAACCAAGGAUGUAUGGCAAACCACCAGGUGGUGUUGCACUCUGACUGGCCACAAAAACUAUCAAUGAGAGAACAGCUGUCCCUUUAUGUCUCCUAUGGUAGUGCUUCCAUGGGUAACCGAGGCCUAGCAGUGUACUGAAUAUUUACAUAUAUAUUUUGUAUUCUACUAAACAGUUGAAGGAACUUCCAUAUAUUUCACACAUCUUUUAGAAUGUGAGAUCAAUGAGAGUUCUCUGUACUGUACAGUAUAUGCAUAUUUACCAAAAUUUAAAAGAUGGAUACAAAUAUGUGGAAAAUACCUGUAUUUGUAGUCCAUUUUGGAGUCUAGUAACACUUGAUCAAUCACUUCUUUGAAUUGCUAUGUAAAUCCAGUAGUAGUGCUUCAGUGUGUGUGUGAACAAGGCCAGCCCUAUUAACUUUCACCCUUUGCUCUCAAAACCUUUAAUAUCUCAAUGAACCAAUUUUGUUUUUUAAACAUUUUAAUAGCACUAACCUCUCUCAAAUUAUAGUCAAUUAUGGCUACAAUAACUGGGUCUUAUUUAUAUACUCAUGACUUAUGCAGACCUACUUGAAGUGGGAAGAGAUUAUAUAAGUGAGAGAGGUUCUUCCUUCCCAGAGAUUAUCAUAUUAUUCCUGGCCACAGCAUUUAAUCAAUCGUUUUAUGCUAUACCUAAUUUCAUUUUAAAAACUGGAGAAAAAUUAUUUUCCUUGCUGAAUAUGAUAUAAAAUUUUUGGGCAUAAUUGUAAAGGUCCCUGUAUAUAUUUUGUAUAACUAAAUAAAACCAUCUUUACACUCA